AUGGUGAUGGGCAUGAUUGCUUGGAUGCGUUUUCGCACCACGCCGACGAUCACAACGAUCGAAACGAUGACGUAUCCGAUCUGGAACAUACCGUUCCCCGCGGUCACUGUGUGCAAUAUCAACAAGAUAGACCUCCGGAAGGCAAAACCAAUUAUCGAUCGUCUCGUACAGGAGUACGGAAUGAGUGAACGAAACGCGACCGGUUUACUAGUGGCCCAGGCAAGUCUGGUCAACUUUGAAGCAGUUGACACCAGCUACAUCGAGCUAGAAAUGUUCCUCGGACGCAUGGGCUGGAAUCCCGACACAUUGCUGCUCGAGCUAAACCAACCCUGCGAGGAGCUGAUCAAGGUUUGCUACUGGCUCGGUUCGGAGGUAGACUGUACGAAGGUUAUCAGCCGUACACGGAUGGACAACGGUUUCUGCUGUUCGUACAACGUAGACAUCACGAUGCAACCGCUCAUUGUGCAGCGGAACCGUAGCACCCUGGGAACUCCUUACCGUUCUAAACGAUUGUCGGGCGCAGGCCGCAACGUAGGGUUGUCCAUCCUGAUCGAUGUCCAACCGGACACGUACAUGGCACCGACCAAGUCGUACUACGGGGCUGAGGUGUACAUUCACGACUCGAACGAUUUCCCGUCGGAUGCGGACCUGGAGCAUGUGGCACAACCUGGGUGGGAUGUGAUCAUGUCCGUCAUACCCCUGCCGAUCGAGAGCAGCAGCACGAUGAGCCAGGUGCCGGAAAGUAUGCGCAACUGUUUCCUGCCGGAGGAGAGUGACUCACAACCGAGGGAUGUCUUCAAUCUCAACGUUUGCAUGGCCAAGUGUCGCCUCCGUACGAUACUGAAGCUGUGCAACUGCGUUCCGUUUUACUACGCGGAUUUAAACAUUGCAGAAGGGAAGGGUAUGGAGAUGUGUUCCCUGAAGAAUGUCGCAUGUUUGCAUUAUUUCAGAAGAUACUUUUACAGCUUGCGCACCGAGGACAGCUCGGACCCGGAAUUACGGGAUGUAGAAUUUGGAAUGGAUUGUGACUGUAAACCACCUUGCUCUGUGUUGAACUAUAACGUGCAGACGAUCGUGAGCGAGCGAAAGUCGAAAAGUUUCAACUCGGCAAACUUCGGAGGACGAAACGUGUCAAUGUACGCUACGCUCAACGUACACUUCAAGGAUAUUUACUGCGUUAAGUACAAGCGCGAUGCGUACAUGACGUGGGACUCUCUGGUGGCAACGUUCGGAGGCAUUUUUGGACUGUGUAUGGGCGGGUCGGUGCUCAGCAUUGUCGAACUGUUUUACUACUUCACGAUAAAACCAUUUACCCUGUACCAGUCGGGGAGCAAACGGAAGCGAACCGCCUCCAAUCGGAAGGUACUGGUGCAACCGUACGUGUCACGGUACGAUGGCGUAACGCAGUAUCCGGUGGGUUACUUUUCGCGCCGCAAUGUACUCGCAAGGGAACGCAGUGCUGGUAGGAAAAUGCCCAAACCGUGUGUUCCGGUGAAGAAAGCAACGAUUUCCCGCGAUCCCCAAUCGGACGUUAUUUCAUUCAUUUACUGA